AUCGAUUAAUAGUAAUCGAUGUAAUAAGCAUCGGAUGCUUGCUCUCAGAAAAUUGUCUCCGUAUAGAAUUAAAGCUAAAUUCCCGUGUUCAAAUGAUUUUUUUGGCACAGACUUGAGGGUAUUUCGUUUAUUUUGUAAAUGCAAUAUCACACAAUUUUGUUUACUCCUCGCAAAGUAAUAAAUUUCCUAAUAACUGAAAUUAAAAAUGUCGGAAUCUGAUGCAGCCGCAAAGCCAACGGCCAAAUCGAGUAUUAGCGAUUUACGACAGUUUCGCAUCAACAAACCCAAUGCCGCCAUUGGGACAAAGACAGAACGCGUUCCUGGGAAGAAACGUAUACAGGUUAUGGCAGACAGCGAUAGCGACGGUGCGGAUGGCAAUUCCCCAAAAAAGGCUAAAGUCGAGCUCACAGUAAAAGAAAAAGAAGAGCGUUUCCUAGCUGCUGCGAAAAUAUCAACGGAAUAUGAUACAAUGGAUAUUCAAGACGCCUUGGUUCGCAGUAAUUGGAUUGUGUCUGAGGCUUUAGUUUAUUUAAAGCAAAAAUGCACUCCUAAGAGUAGAGGCUCGGCAGCUCAUGUAGCUGCUACAUCCACACCUAAGCAGACCAAUGGCAGCGCAAAACAUGCAUCAAAGCCUAAAAAGGCGGAGCGCUCGGAUUCAGAGGCUGAAGAUUCUGCUGAUGAGGUGUAUUCUAAAAGUCAGGUUUACGAUAGCGAUGAUAGUGAUACAGAAGGAUCCAAAGAAAUGACCGGCCAGCGUAAGAAAGUCUUUGAAUUUAUGAACACUGCCUCUUUGAUUGAACUGCAAACAGUAAAGACGUUGUCCGAAAAGAAAGCCAGUUUGAUUGUGGAAUUGAGACCCUUUAAGGAUUGGGCCGAUUUGAGGCAGAAGUUGGUUUCAAAUAAGGCCCUGUCAGCUGAUCUGUUAAAUAAUGCCCAGGAACUUAUAAACAAACAAAACAAUGUGGCUAAUAUAUUGGCGAAGUGUAACAAACUGGUGCAACGGCUGGAAUCAGCAAUAGAGGCAGGGGCUGGUAUUGUAGAACAACCAAAAAUACUCAAUGGAAAAUUUAAGUUGGCAGAUUAUCAACUGAUAGGCCUUAAUUGGCUUACGGUUAUGAACAAACAACAAAUGAAUGGAAUUUUAUCCGACGAGAUGGGUUUGGGGAAAACAAUUCAAGUUAUUGCUUUCUUGGCAUACCUCAAAGAAAAUAAUCUAUCGAAAGCGGCUCAUUUAAUUGUUGUACCCUCGUCCACACUUGACAAUUGGGCCAGUGAAAUAGCCAGAUGGUGCCCAAGUUUGGUUGUUGAGAAAUAUCACGGUUCCCAGGAGGAACGAAGACGAAUGAGGAUUCGAUUUGCCAAAGAGGGUUUCACUGGUUUCGAUGUACUCUUGACAACAUAUCACAUUGUGUCCAGUACACCCGAAGAACGGAAAAUGUUUCGUGUUAGUAAACUUCAUUAUGUUAUUUUUGACGAGGCGCAUAUGUUGAAGAACAUGACCACUCAGCGAUAUGCCAACCUGAUUACAAUCAAUGCGGAAAUGCGGAUUCUACUCACCGGCACACCACUUCAAAACAAUCUUUUGGAAUUGAUGUCAUUGCUUUGUUUUGUCAUGCCAACUUUUUUUGGUAAAAAUGUGGAAGACAUUAAAAGCUUGUUUGGCAAGAAAAGCAAAGUAGAGAAUGGCAAUGAUGAAUUGUCGCAAUUUCAAGAGACUCAAGUGGAGAGGGCUAAACGUAUUAUGAAACCUUUUGUGUUAAGGCGUUUAAAGAAAGAUGUACUUAGCCAUUUACCGAAAAAGCAUACAUACAUUAAUAAAGUUGCUAUGACAGAUUCACAAAAACGUUACUACAACGAUUUAGUCGAGUACUAUUCAAAUAAUCGUGGAGAAAUUUAUAGCGGAGAUCGGGCUGGUGUAUCGAUUAUGAUUGAAAUGAGGAAACUUGCUAACCAUCCACUUCUGGGCCGUUACUAUUUUAGUGAUGAAAAGCUACGCGAAUUCUCGAAGCGCUUAGCCACAGUGUCUACAUACAAGAAAACCAAUCCCCAAUACAUUUUCGAAGAAAUGGCUGUUAUGUCUGAUUUUCAAGUAUGGCAACUAUGCAACAAACAUGAGCUCGACGAUGUAAUUAUACCUGAUCGACUUAUUUGUGAGUCUGGUAAAUUUAAACAUUUGGAUUCCCUAUUGCCAAAGUUAAAAGAGGAAGGUCAUCGAGUUCUAAUAUUCAGUCAGUUCACAAUGAUGCUUGAUAUCGUGGAACGAUAUCUGGAUAUACGCAAACACGGCUAUUGUCGUCUAGACGGUUCUACGGCCGUGGAGGAACGGCAGGAUAUGAUAAAUGACUUUAAUGCAGAUUCAGAUAUAUUUAUAUUUCUAUUGUCUACGAAGGCAGGUGGUGUAGGCAUCAAUUUAACCGCUGCCGAUACAUGUAUAAUACAUGACAUUGAUUUCAACCCUUACAAUGAUAAACAAGCUGAAGAUCGUUGUCAUCGCAUGGGUCAAACUAGACCAGUUAGCAUUUACCGCUUAAUUUCGGAGGGAACUAUUGAAGAGGGUAUGCUGAUGGUGGCGGAAGAAAAAUUAAAAUUAGAGAAAGAUAUAACAUCAACCGAUAAGGGCGAGGUCCAAGAAACAAAAUGCGUUGUGAGGCUAUUAACAAUGGCGCUUGGUCUGGACAAAGAGGAAGAAGAGCGGUUGAAUAAAUCCAUAAACAGCUCCUUAACGUCGCCUUCCAAGUAAAAUCUAACACUUACCAUACUUAUUUCCUACAAUGUUGCUAAAUUUCAAUUGUUUAAUAUAUAUUUUUAAUUUAUUGGUACAAAUUAAAGUCCGUCACUAGCUACAUUUUGUUCAUUGAUUUACAUUAAUGUUAAUAUAAUCUUUUGAUAACCCAGGUAUCGAAAAUAUUUCCUCCUCAAAUUUUUUUCAUGAAACUUAGCAUCCAUACAUCCCUGUUUAUAAUUUUAUACAGAUUUUGUUGUGAAUGUUUAAACAGCUACUCCCCUGUAGGCUUAAUGAAACCCACUACAAAAACUGAAUAUUCAUCUCUAUUAAAACAUUUCAUACGGGAUAAUUUAUCAAAUAUUUUAUUGUAAGAAUUGAAAAUUCCAAUACAUUAUUAAGGUCAACAUUUACUAUAAAUAAAGAUUACAAAAACAAUAGAUGAAAGCAAAUGA